UGGUCUCGUGUUGGUGGCCACCCCCGCACCGGCAGCCUCCCAAACAAAACACCGCACACCCCUGCGACAAACCAAUGCCGCAGUGCUCCCCCUCCCCCUCCCCCGCCUCGUUCCCGCUGCCGGCCUCCCACCUCCAUCCAGCUGGACGAAGACGCGCGCCGCACCACCACCACCACCGGCAGCGCUGACAGCAACGGGAGAGCAACAAACGCCACGGCGCCGAGGAGUGGAGGGCCAGAGCCCUGCUCCCGCGGUAUAAAGUCCUGCGCUUUCACCCGGGGCGCCGCCGAGCACCACUCCGACUCGCCGCGCGCUCGGGGAGGGAAAGGCGGCUCUGGUGCGGGGGUCGGGGCAAUGCCGGAGGCGGCGGCGCCGGAUCCGGCGGUAAGGAAUGGGGAGGAGGGGCACGAGGCGGAGGAGGAGUUCCACGAGUCGCUGGAUCGGAUCCUCUCCUCCUCCUGCUCCUCCACCUCCGCCUCCGACGACGACGCCGACCUCCUCCUGCACCGCCACCGCCGCCGCGGGAGCCAGCACCAGCACCAACAACAGCAAGGGGCAGCGGACCCCGCGUACGACGUCUGGAUCUCCGAGCCGACGUCCGUCUCGGAGCGGCGACGGGUGCUGCUCAACCGCCUCGGCCUCUCCGCCUCCGGCUCGCUGCAGCCGCCCGCCUCCCCCGGCCGCCGCUCCAUGUCCAUCUCCUCUCCUCUCUCGCCGCCGCCCCGCUCCCGCUCCCCCUCGCCGCCGCCCGCCUCGCCUCCACCGGAGGAGGCGGGGCCCGCGGAGGAGGACAGCCUUCCCAGAUCCGUCGGGCUCGGCAAGCCGCCGCUGGCCCGGAACGCGAGCAUUGGAGGCGGCGUUGGGGGCGGGGAGCAGUGCCGGAUCCGGAACCUGGACGACGGCACGGAGUUCGAGCUCGGGGAGGUGCACGAGGAGGUCGUCCGCGAGGUCGGCACCGGCCGCCAGCUCACCCUCGAGGAGUUCGAGCUCUGCCUCGGCCGCUCCCCGAUCGUCCACGAGCUCAUGCGCCGGGCCACCACCGCAGGCGGCGCCUCCUCCUCCGCCUCCGACCACACCGGUGCCCCCGCAUCCUCCAAGCCCCGCAGGAAGUCCGGUGGGUGGCUGCGCGGCAUCAGGCACCUGGCCGGCACCGUCGCCUACGGAGGCCGCCGCGGCAGCGCCGAGGUGAGGGACAGGGAGAAGGAGAAGAAGGAGAGGGAGGCGCGGCGCCUCAGCUCCGCCACCGACGACAGCCUCGACGGCAGCAGCACGCGCAGUGCGGGCAGGGUCAAGGUGCGGCAGUACGGGAAGACGUGCAAGGAGCUCACCGGCAUGUUCAUGACACAGGAGUUGGCUGCGCACUCUGGCUCUGUGUGGUGCAUCAACUUCAGCCUGGAUGGACGGUACCUUGCAAGCGCCGGCGAGGACCGUGUCAUCCAUGUCUGGGAGGUCUCCGAGGGUGAGAGAAAGGGGGAGUUGCUCGGGGAAGGUGCGGUUUCGAAGGAGAGCGGUGGCGGAGGCAGCCCAUUUGUCGCGGUUGCUGGAAAUGGGUCGCCGGAGGUGGCAAUGCUGCCGCUCAACAGUGCAGAUAAGGGCUAUGGGGAGAAGAAGAGGAGGCCAAGGGUGCAGAGCAGCCGGAAGUCCGUCGGUUCUGAUCAUCUAGUUGUGCCCGAGUGCGUGUUUGGGUUCAGAGAUAAGCCAUUUUGCUCGCUCCUGGGACACGCCGCUGAUGUUCUUGAUCUAUCAUGGUCCAAAUCUCAGUACUUGCUUUCGUCCUCAAUGGACAAAACUGUUAGGCUAUGGGACAUCACAUCCAGUACCUGUUUGAAGACAUUCUCACACACGGACUAUGUGACUUGCAUCCAAUUCAAUCCGGUAGACGAUAACUUCUUCAUUAGUGGGUCACUGGAUGAGAAAGUUCGCAUUUGGAAUGUCCAUGACCGCAAGAUUGAAGAUUGGAAUGAUCUACAUGAGAUGGUUACCGCUGCAUGUUAUUCCCCCGAUGGACAGGUUGCAAUGGUGGGAUCUCACAAGGGAAGCUGCCAUUUGUUUGAUACAACUGAAAAGAAGCUUCUGUACAAAAGCCAAAUAGACCUAAGAAUCAGGAAAAAGAAGUCUGGCCAGAAGAAGAUUACUGGCUUCCAGUUUGCUCCAGGAAGCUCCUUGGAAGUCCUGAUUACUUCUGCAGAUUCAAGAAUCCGUGUUGUUAAUGGCGAUGAGCUUGUUCACAAAUUUAAAGGGUUCCGCAAUACUAGUAGCCAAAUCUCAGCUUCUGUAGCUCCAAAUGGAAAAUAUGUAGUCUGUGCCAGUGAGGACUCUCAUGUGUAUGUCUGGAGACAUGACAACAGUUCUCAUCCCAGCAGAAGCAGGAGUGCAGUUGAUGUAACCAACUCGUAUGAACAUUUCCACUGCCGUGAUGUAACUGUGGCAAUCACAUGGCCCGGUGCUGAAGCCCGUGGAUCGCUCGGGUGUCGUAGCAGCAGACACAGCGAUUCGGAUGGUGCAGUGAACUCUGUCCCUGAAACUCCUAUACGAAACAACGAGCAUGGAUCGAAUGGAACUGCUCACAGUCACAGAUACAUUGAGAGCCCAGUUUGCGAAGGUGGUGCAAGCACAAGCACCAGCAAUCAUCCGGUUGAAGCAGCGUCCCCAUCCUUGCCUGACGAGCAAUUACCGUCUGCGAAGAGCAGUCCUGGCCACAGUUCAUCGGACCUUUGCAUCGGAGCUAUGGAUGUCCAGCGCCGGUCCGCGUGGGGUUUGGUGAUCGUCACGGCAGGACAGGGAGGAGAAAUCAAAGUGUUUCAAAAUUUUGGUUUCCCAGUUCAAGUGUAAAGCAAAGCGUUGAGAGUGGGGAGUUGUUGGUUUCAUUACUGUAUAGAUAUCUUUAGUUCCUGAGCAGUUCACCUAGGAUUUGAACUAGUUGAAAGUUUUCUCUGUUUUGAUGCCUUGAGAGCUCACUCAAAAAACCACACUAUUCUUUGAUACAAGCUUGUGUAAUUGUGUGGUUAACGGCCAAUACAUUUAUUUGUUCA